ACAACCCGCCACUAGUAUAUAUACCUCGGUCGGCAGAACAGGAGCAUAGUCAUAUCUGGCUUCCUUCCACAACCCAUCCACAGGAAAAAAAUGGCCUUUAAGUUCGUCAUCAUCUCGUGCCUUGUGGCCGUUGCACGUGCUAGUGUAGCGCCGGCGGCGGUAGCAGCACCUCUCGCGGCUGCGCCUGUUGUCGCGGCGGCUCCAGCAGUAGCGGCAAGACUGGAAGAAUUUGAUCCUCUUCCCCAAUAUAGAUUUGGAUACAACGUAGCGGAUUCCCUGACCGGCGACUACAAGAGUCAGCAAGAACAACGCGAUGGAGAUCUGGUUCAAGGCUCAUACUCUGUGGUAGAACCUGACGGUACUCGUCGCGUUGUUGACUACGCCGCUGACUCUGUAAAUGGAUUCAACGCCGUCGUACGUAAGGAGCCACUAGUAGCCGCUGCCCCAGCGGUAGUACCUGCUCGCAUAGCGGCUGCCCCAGUUGCCGCUGUGGCACCUGCAAGACUCACCGCAGCAGUAGCAGCCCCAUAUGCUGCCGCGUAUGCUGCGCCUGUCGCCAAGGUUGCCGCGUACACGGCUCCCGUAGCUGCUGCCUACACAGCACCCGUAGCCAAGGUUGCCGCCGCACCCAUCGUGUCUCCAUUCUCAAGGCUCGCAGUAUCACCACUAGCUUACAGCUAUGCUCCUGCUGCCCCCGUUGUAGCCGUGUAACGACCUAUUACAACAAAAGGACUGACUUAUUUUUGCAUUAAAGGCUAAAAAAUAAACAUUUUUGUACUGGA